UUACUCAAAAUGCCACCUAUCGUCCGUAACGCAAAUCGUCGAAAUCGUUAUAACCCGACUGUCCCAAAAAUUGAUAAGCUGAAGACUCUUGGAGAUUGGGUGAAACGAACGUUCGAUGCGUAUCUUAACUCUGAAAGCAUCCCUAGGUCAUCAUCCAGCUCGAAGUUAUUCUCUUUUCCAUCGCUUCCUGGAUCUUUUCCUUCCGAAGACUCUCCAUUUCAUAGUUACCUUGCAAGAAAAUAUUUCAAAAUUUGGAAAAUUAAUACAAUUAAACGAAAGAAACAUAUAGCCAAGGCAGUGGAGGUUUAUGAAUUCAAUAGAAAGGCAAGUUGCUUCUUGCUAUGGAUGGAAAUGUCAAAGAAACGUCGAUACCUAAAAAAAAUUCUGUUGAGGCAAUCAAGUUUUUCUGCACGAGAAGAAGACUUGCCACCAUACAAAAUAUUAAAAGAGAAACCUGGUGCACCGCACAGAAUACGAAUUCACCAAAAAUUAUGUUUUGCCAAUCCGCUCGAAGAUAUAUUUACAUAUGAUCCUGAUGAUGAUCAAAUUAACUAUGUAUCAAUUGUCCCAGAUGACGUCAUUAUAUUCGAUGAAUGUGAAGUGGAUGAAAAAAUGGUGAAUAAAAUUGCUGAUUUUUAUGAAUUGAAAUAUCUACGCUAUGCACAAAACCAUAAAGUUUGGGAUGCGUGCUAUAACCUAUAUAAAUAUGGUUUCAGAGCACAAGAUCCUGUAAUAAGAAGAUACUUGUUGCGUUUAAUUUGA